GAAAUGCAAUCACUCAGAUCGGAGUUAUGUUCAAAAGGAUCAACGCCGUUUUCCGCCCGAACCAUGAGCAAAAAAGUGAGGAUGGUCUCAGGUCCAAGGAUUAUCACACCGCCUGCACGGUGAAGUUGGUGCGUAGCACCUCCAUGCUCAUAGUGGGCGGAAGUCGGCAGAGAACGGCAGAUUCCACCUUAAAACGCAGCAAAAGCACGCUGUCUAUAGAGUCGAGCACGACGCUAUGCUACUACCAAAGGCAAGAGGACCGCGUCUGGUUGCACUGUCAGAAUCAGGGGUGUCUGCAGUAUUUGGAGGACCUGGUUGCUUUGAGGAGACAGUACACGAACUGCGUUAACAACCUGAGGAGCAACGAGGAGAAAACCACUGUCUUGCAGAAGAAGCAGCCUCCUCCACCUCCGCCAACCGCAAACGACAAGCAGACGUCAAGAACAAAAGGCAGGGCACCUGGGGCCCCCAGUGAGACGGACGCCCUGCAGUACUUUGAUUCUGUCAUUGCAAGCUGUGACCCAGAACCGAAGCCUAAGCCACAUAUAGAUGAUGGCAAUGCUGAUGUUGACUUCAUUGUUGCCACCAGCACUAGCGAGCAUGACAUCCACUCCAACUGGACGCUACGUGACCCCCGGAGGUUCUCCAUGGACGAGAGCAGGCUGAAGCAGCGGGAGGCGGGGAGCAAACAUGAGGCCAGGGGACGAGGGCUGGAUGGGACUCUGGGUACUCGCAGACAUCUUCAGAGGAACCCCAUCCACCUGCCGAAGGUGGUGGAGAGCGCCUUUCAGACAAUGCGCUUCAAGCCCAAGCUGAAGAAGAAGGACUAGAUUGGCCAGAUGCUGGUCCAUAGCUAUGCUCCUCGUCAAGUAUGC